AUGGCAAACUGGCAAGCCCAUGACUCUCACAGGGAGGUGCCUUCACCUUUCGAGCCAUCCUUGCUGGAAAGCCCCUUGUGGGUCAACAGCUUCCACAAGAAGAAGGCGGUGAAGGUCGAGUCCAUCGAGGAGGACGGCGUCGCAGAGAAGAUCUAUGCCAACUGGAUCAAAGAAGAGUUGCAGAAGGAAGCGGCGUGCUUGGAGCUGCCCUUCUCUGUGGUCUUCCUGGCAUCCUUUGCCUUAUUUGCACUUGGGUAUUUGGCGCAAGAUGUUGUCAUGAGUGUCGAAAACUCGAUCGAGACGGACAUUACCGAGAAUGCAAAUUUUGCUUUCGAAGGCUACUUCGGGAACAAGGUUAUCGGUGACGUGAACAGUUUCGCAGACUUCUGGUCAUGGACGCGGUUGGGUCUUCUUCCGCUGGUCUUCCCUGAAAUGCCCUAUCUCUACUCUGAGGGCCUUGCAGAGGCAGUCCCAGAGGGCUACAAUGUCAGUGCCCUUCCUCAACGAUGGUUAUAUCCUGGAUACGAAAAGCCAGCUCCUGUGCAAAAUGAUUACUUGAGGUACAACAGAAUCAUUGGAGGACUGCGAUUUCGUCAGGAGGUUUCCACCGACGACAAGGCAACCUGCACACACUUCGGUGAUGAAGCAACUUUCAGGACAUGGAUCGGCAAGCCAUGCACGCACUUCACUGAAUACGAGCUGCCGCCCGACCUCAUGGCCACGGAAGCCUUCAAUAGUGCACCUCAGCGGGUAGAGUGGUUUCUGCCCGAGGUCGAAGGGACAUCAGCUUUGAUUCAGCACGUGAUCGACAUGGAGGAUGGUUGCUUCUCGGCCAGAGCGCAGAACCGGACAUGCCUUUGCCAGUGGUGCGACGCGCAGGUGGGCCCACAUCCUUGGCUGGAUGAGCAGACACAACGAGUCGAAGUCGCCUUCAUAACGUACAAUGCACAUUAUGGUCUCUACAACCUGGCGACAGCCAACUUCUGGUUCUCCAGAGGUGGGAACAUCUUCAAGCUAGUCUUCGUUCGGUCCUCUUGGGCCGGGCUGGAGGUGCGAGAACCCGGUGUGCUGGCCCUGAUCGCUGCCUCCGGCGUCCUCUGGGUUGCCGGCUGCCUCUACCUUGCAAAGGGUGAGCUGUUGGAGAUGGCAAGAAUGAUUCAGCGUUCCAACAAGAUCUGGUAUUACACGUUGGCGCAGGACUACCUUGGUUUCUGGAAUUGUGUUGACUGGCUGGCGAUCAUCAUGACAACUGUGAUUUCCAUCAGCUUUGGAGUGCUCCACAUCUUCAUCGGGGAUGUCAAUGGCAAGUUGGGAGCUAUCGUGACGGAGGUGGACAGCAAUGGCUAUCCUCCACUGGAAACAUAUCGGGAGAUUGUGUCCGACUUUGCGGAUGCCAUUGUGGCGAUGCUUGACGCGGAGCGCAACCUGAGACUUUGGCUUUGUAUCUACCCAGUCGUACUGCUGAUGCGGUUGUUCAAGUCUUUCGCCGCUCAGAAACGCCUCGCAAUUGUGACUGACACCUUCAGGAUGGCCUACAACGACUUGAUGCACUUUUUCAUUGUUUUCGCGUCUGUGUACUUCUGUAUGACGGUCAAUGCCGUCAUUUUCUUCGGUCAGGACAUCUUGGACUUUGCCACUAUAGAUCGGGCACUACAUGCGUGCUUCCGGGCCAUGCUGGGUGACUGGGACUGGGACGAGAUGGGAAAGAUCGGAAUUCACAGAGCCUUCGCAUGGUUCUUCUUCUUCAUGGUGGUGAUGGUCAUGAUUCUGAUGAAUAUGCUGGUCGCAAUUCUGAUGGAGGCCUAUGGUGUGGUCAAAGACGAUGCCAAGCACGCAGACUCUCUUCUGGAGCAGACCAAGAAUAUCCUGCGGCGUGCACGUCAAAACAAGCGGAAAGAACGAGUGAAUCUCAGUUCCAUUUGGGAUGCACUGCGGAAGGAGCACAACAAUGACGAAGAUGCCUUGCUAAGCAGCGAGCGGAAGAUCACCCCUAGCCUUCUGCGGGACAUCGUGGAGGGCAUCCCUGCCUCACAAGCGCUGCGCACUUUGAAGAAUUCCCAGAUCGACUACGACAAGAAGGUGGAUCCGGCCUUCGAGCUCCAGGACUUCAAGGUUGGCCUGACCAACAUGGUGACUCGCCUCGAUUACUCGGCCCUGUGUGCCACCUACCUGAGCGAAAAGAUACGGCAAUACCAGGAUCUUGCCAAAGCCGAAGGCCGCGACACGGGCGGAUUUGACAAAGCACUGACAACUCUAAGCCUUCCUCUUGGCGAACUGGAGGGUGCCCAACCGAUGGAUGUCGAGACGUAUGAGAACAGUGCAGAGCAGGCCCUUGAAAAAGUCAAGGCCUUGGCCCGGGACCAUUCCACAGAGAUGGCUGAUGGCAUCGCUGCAAUCUUGGGGGAGGAGAUGCAGGAGCUCGAAAAAAGACAAUACAACCAGCGAAAAGCGAUCAACACCACUUGCGAGCAGCUGCAGAGACUUCGGGAUAUGGUCCAUCACCUCAGCAGCACCUGUGCCGACAUCUCCAACCUCACAACGCAGUUGGGAUCUUCCGCAGGGACAGCAGUGCGGGGAGAACCCUCUGCUCCACGAGUGAUUCUGGAUAGAACCUGA